GACCCUCAAACUCCCCCUCUCCCCCCCCCCAGGUCGCAUCGGGGUCGCCGCCGUCACGGCCGGCCCCGGGGUCACCAACGCGGUGACGGCCGUGAAGAACGCCCAGAUGGCCGAGUCCCCCCUGCUGCUGCUGGGAGGGGCGGCUGCCUCGCUGCAGAAGGGCCGUGGUGCUCUGCAGGACAUCGAGCAGCUCUCUCUGUUCCGGACCCUCUGCAAGGUCUCCGUGUCCGUGGGAACCGUGCGGGAAAUCGUCCCCACCCUGCGCGGGGCCAUCGCCGCCGCACAGAGCGGGACCCCCGGCCCCGUGUUCGUGGAGCUGCCCAUCGAUGUGCUGUACCCCUUCCACCUGGUGCAGAGGGAGCUCGGGGGGGCCCGCGGGCCCCGGGGGCUGCGCGGGAAGGUCGUGCACUGGUACCUGCAGAAUUACCUGCACAACCUGUUUGCGGGGGCCUGGGAGCCCCGGGACGUGACCCCCCUGCCCGUCACCGUCCCCGAGGCCACCCCGGAACAG